AUGGAGAGGUAUGAGAUAGUGAAAGAUAUUGGGUCUGGUAAUUUCGGAGUGGCAAAGCUUGUUCGUGACAAAUCGUCAAAGGAGCUUUUCGCUGUUAAGUUCAUCGAGAGAGGCCAAAAGAUUGAUGAACAUGUACAAAGAGAAAUCAUGAACCACAGGUCUCUCAAUCAUCCCAAUAUUAUAAGAUUCAAGGAGGUUUUAUUGACGGCAACACAUUUGGCUAUAGUAAUGGAAUACGCCGCCGGAGGAGAACUCUUCGGAAGAAUCUGCAACGCCGGAAGAUUCAGCGAAGACGAGGCAAGGUUUUUCUUCCAGCAACUUAUCUCAGGAGUUAGUUACUGUCAUAGUCUUCAAAUUUGCCAUAGAGACCUAAAGCUAGAGAACACGUUACUAGAUGGAAGUACAGCGCCACGUGUAAAGAUAUGCGACUUCGGGUACUCAAAAUCAGGAGUGCUUCACUCGCAGCCAAAGACAACAGUAGGAACACCAGCUUACAUUGCACCUGAAGUCCUUUCCAAGAAAGAAUACGAUGGCAAAAUCGCUGACGUUUGGUCUUGUGGAGUGACUCUGUACGUAAUGCUCGUUGGUGCUUACCCUUUCGAAGAUCCUUCCGAUCCUAAAGAUUUCAGGAAAACCAUCGGUCGGAUUUUGAGGUCUCAGUAUUCUAUUCCUGAUUAUGUCAGAGUUUCUGAUGAUUGCAAACAUCUUCUCUCUCGGAUAUUCGUCGCUAACCCUGAAAAGAGGAUAACGAUGGAGGAGAUAAAGAAUCAUUCUUGGUUUCUCAAGAACUUGCCGGUGGAGUUGUCGGAAGGAUCAGUGAGGGUGAACAAUCCGUCUCAGACGGUGGAAGAGGUGGUGUGGGUUAUUGAGGAAGCUAGGAAAUCAAUCACCGGUGCUUCUGGACUCUCUGGGGCUGGUGGCUCCGGUGGAAGCAGUAAUGGUGCGAUUGGAAGUAGUAUGGAUCUUGAUGACUUGGAUGCAGAUUAUGACGAUAUCGACACUGGUGAUUUCGUUUGCGCUUUGUGA